AUGAAUCCUACACCCCCAAACUACCCGAUGGCGUCGCUGUAUGUAGGCGAUUUGCAUCCGGACGUCACAGAAGCACUACUCUUCGAAAAAUUUUCCACGGCCGGCCCGGUCACCUCCAUUCGCGUAUGUCGGGAUAUGAUUGCUCGCCGUUCGCUCGGUUAUGCCUAUGUCAAUUUUCAACAACCCGCCGAUGCUGAAAGAGCACUGGAUACUAUGAAUUUUGAUACUAUAAAAGGCCGACCCAUACGUAUCAUGUGGUCGCAACGAGAUCCUUCCCUUCGUAAAUCUGGAGUCGGUAAUGUGUUCAUCAAAAAUUUGGAUAAAAGUAUUGAUAACAAAGCUCUCUACGACACUUUUUCUGCCUUCGGCAACAUCCUGUCCUGCAAAAUCGUUUCUGAUGAAAAUGGCUCGAAAGGAUAUGGAUUCGUGCACUUCGAGACUGGUGAAGCGGCGCGCAACGCUAUCGAAAAAGUUAAUGGCAUGUUGCUUAAUGGUAAGAAAGUCUAUGUCGGCAAAUUUAUUCCACGUAAAGAAAGAAUGCAACAGCUUGGUGACAAAUACAAGAAAUUUACUAAUGUUUACGUUAAAAAUUUCAGCGAUGAACUGGACGAUGAAAAGCUACGACAGAUGUUUGAGAAAUUUGGCAAAAUUGCGAGUGCUAAAGUUAUGACCGAUGAAAAUGGCAAGUCGAAAGGAUUCGGCUUUGUGAGUUUUGAAGAAGCCGAAUCUGCCGAGAAUGCUGUGUCGGACAUAAAUGGCAUAGACAUCAACGGACGCCAGAUAUAUGCGGGCCGAGCUCAGAAGAAAGCAGAGCGACAGAUCGAACUUAAAGAAAAAUUUGAAAAGCUGAAAUUAGAACGUAUCAACCGCUACCAAGGUGUUAAUCUCUAUGUGAAAAACCUGGACGACGUCAUUGACGAUGAGCGUCUGCGCAAGGAGUUUUCUCAAUUCGGCACGAUCACCAGUGCAAGGGUUAUGACGGAAAAUGGACGAUCAAAAGGCUUCGGUUUCGUUUGCUUUUCCUCUCCUGAGGAAGCCACGAAGGCCGUCACCGAGAUGAAUGGCCGCAUCCUUGUUUUCAAACCGUUGUAUGUGGCACUGGCCCAACAAAAAGAAGAACGCAAAGCUCAGUUAGCCUCUCAGUACAUUCAGCGAAUCGCCAGUAUGAGAACCCAAGUGAACACCCAGAUGGGACAGUUAUUCCAGCCAAAUAAUACUACUGCUGGCUAUUUUGUUCCGACCCUACACCAGACUCAAAGAUAUUAUCCAUCUCAAGUACAGCAGUUGAGGGCCGGACCGGGUCCACGUUGGCAAACCGUGCGACCAACCGCGGGCCAGCAGGCCGCUGCGUACCAGCCUAUGGCCGCCACCCAACAAAUGAGGCAACCCCGACCGACGGGAACCCAGACUACCGUCCGCAGCAACCUUAAUGCCCGGCCCAUUACUGGACAACCAUCCGGACAGAGAGUGACCGCUCCGCAAACGGUUACUGGCAGGCCUACGACAGCGAACAUACCGCCUCAGAGUCACGUGAGGCCUACCUUCAACAACAAGUAUAGCCAGAUGAGGCCACCAGCCCCAUCGGCUACAACUGCUGCCAUGCAGCCCAUGUUGGCCCCAAGCCAGGCCCAGGCGCAAGCCCAACAGGCCGUAGUUGUGCACGGACAGGAGCCUCUCACUUCAGGCAUGCUGACCGCUGCACCUCCUCAGGAACAAAAGCAGAUGCUUGGCGAGCGAUUGUUCCCUCUGAUUCAGCGCAUGCACCCAGACAUGGCUGGCAAAAUCACUGGCAUGUUGUUAGAAAUAGAUAAUUCGGAGCUGUUGCACAUGUUGGAGUCUCACGAGUCCCUGAGAGCCAAAGUUGACGAGGCACUAGCAGUUCUUCAAGCUCAUCAAGCUAAGGAAGCUGCCAACUCGGGUGGUGUGAAUGCUACCCUCCUUAACCUUUCUGUGUAUAUGUUUCUCUCUCUCUCUCUCUCUCUCUCUCUCGCUCUUUCUUUCUCUCUCUUCUAUAGCCAACUUUUAAUUUACUAA